AUGAAAUUACCAUUAAGUCACUACGUCUAUAGUUUUUGUUUGUCUUAUUUUAUUUUAGGAAUAAGUGUGAUUGCUGAAUAUCGUUCCUAUGAUGGUGUCGGCAAUAAUAAAGCGAAUCCUAAAGCGGGAUCUUCCGGAAUGCCAUACUUUACUCUUGAACAAUUUACCAAACGAUUCGAUAAUCCUACCACUGGAAGUAUGCUACAGUGUCCUGGCAAUUAUACUAGUAUCUUGAGUGUAAACUGCACAAAUCCAUUGCAAUCAGGUCAAUUCCCUCUUCCAAGAUGCAUUAGUAAUUUGGCUAACGGGAUUCACAAAUCAUAUGUUGAUCAGAAUAAUAUAUCCUAUUCUGAUUCAAUGAAAUCGAAAAGGAAGUCAUCACAUUUGAUGACUUUUUGGAUUGAUUUUUUGGCUUUUGAUAUUGUCAAAAGCAUUGAAACUGGCGAAAGUUAUAAUAAUGGUAUUCUGAUUCCUAAUGAUGAUAAAUUUUAUCUCUCAAAUGGUGUUGAGAAUGCUACUUCGGCCUCAAUGCCUGCAUUACAAUUUAAUCGAACCUAUUCCGUGAGUUACGGGACGGUAAAUGAAGCAACAUCCUUUCUUGAUGGUUCUAGUAUAUAUGGUUUAAAUGAGACGAAUUUGAAAUUAGUAUUAAGAGAUCCUGUAGAUCUAUGUAAAAUGCGUAUGAAUUAUACAGUAAAGACUGCAGAUGGCAAAUUUGGCUAUCUUCCUCGAGGGGAGGACGGUCAUUAUAUAAUUGGACAUUUACCUAAGCGCGGUGGUCACGUUUUUACAAACGUGUUUCAUGUAAUUUUUAUUCGUGAACAUAAUCGUAAAUGUGAUGAACUACGCAAAACAUACGUGCCAAUCAUAAUGGGAACAACAUUGCCAACAUAUGUAGCAUAUGAUCCUACACUUUCGCCUGGAUUAGACUACUUUUUUGUAACAUCUACUUUCAGAUAUGGGCAUUCUGAAGCCAGUGAUAGCUAUCAAAUAGUGAAUCAAAAUGGUGAACCUGAGGCUGUCUUGUCGCUAAGAAAUUUACAGUUGCCUGACCUCAUAGAAAUUUAUAGUGUGCCGAUGGUUGUUCUAUCUCUGUCAUUACAAAGGCAAGAAGAAUUAGACAUAUUCUAUUCAGAUUUUAUGCGAGCACAUAAUGUCUCUGGAAGUUUUACUGAUCUUGCAAGCACCGACCAUCUCCGUUCACGUGACCGCGGCAUACCAAUGUAUAACGAUGUUCGGGCAGCAUUGGGUUUAUCAAGAGCGAAUACUUGGUCUGACAUUACAACGAAUGUUCUUGUCCAAAAACGUUUGCAAUCUUUAUACACAAGCAUUGAUCUAGUAGAAACAUUUAUUGGAGGUCUUGCAGAAGAUCAUCUUCAAGGAUCAAAUUUCGGACAAUUAUUUCAAACAAGCAUGACCCGUCAGUGGUCUUUGAUACGUGAUUCUGAUCGAUUCUGGUAUGAAUCUCCAGAUGCCGGUUUUACUAGCGCUGAAAUUGAUAUCCUUCACAAUACUACUUUACGCGAUAUAAUCCUUCGAAAUACACCCGUUGGUACUUCCCUUCCACAAAACCUUUGGUUUGUUCAACCAAGACCAGAUUUAAAUAUCAACAAUGUUACUGAUGGUCAAGAUGAUGGAUAUUCAUCUUUGAAUGUGUUACUAAUAUCUAACGUAUAUAAAAUUAAGUGGAAGAUUAUUGAUGAAGAUAUUUACUUAAAAAUGACAAUGUUGAGUGAUAAUACGUGGUUUGGAUUCGGUUUUAACUCAUUAGAUGGUGGAAUGAUGGGUACCGAUUUUUUAAUCGUUAACACCAUUGAUUCUUCCAACUUAAGCGCUGCUAAUUAUCAUUCUGAUGGAUAUCGUCCUCCAAUAAAAGAUGAUAAUCAAUUUGUGAAAGUGAUUAGUUAUAAUAUUUCGAAAGGGCUCACCCAAGUUGAAGUUAAGAGACCAUUAAACGUUCCUGGAAAGUUACCAAUAGCAAAUAAGAUGACAAAUGUGAUUUAUGCUUGGAAUCCGUCUUCAAGUUAUCUAAGUUAUCAUGGCGGUAACAGGAAUAAAAUUUUAAUUAAUUUCUUUGUCGCUGGGAUUGGAACUUCAUCGAUUACUGGAGAUAGCAUGUUUCUUACACGGCUAGCACACGGUAUUUCAAUGUUUUUAACUUGGAGUGUUUUAUUUCCAAUCAGUAUUUUUAUUGUUAGAUAUUUGAAACAUAAUGACAAUCAUAUGAAACAGCAUCGAAAUCUUCAAUUUUUUGGUAGUGUUAGUGUUUUCACUUUUGGUUCCGCAGCUAUGGCAGUUUCACAAGAUCAGCAGCGAACUUUGCAUGGGAUUCUUGGAAUUUCAUUAUAUACUGGCGUUUUUUUUCAACUUACUUUGGGUGCAGUCACUAUCUGGGGUCUUAGCUCUGUUGAAUCUGCAAAUCGCGGCAUAUUUUCAUAUAUAAAAACCCUUCAUCUUUUUAUAGGAACAGGAUUUAAUAUUUACCUUGGAAUUCAACAAAUUGGUGCGAGUCCGAUAUUCACUUAUCUUUAUUUUACAUGGUUAGGUAUAUUGGUUAUCAUAUAUAUUUGUACCGAAUGUUGGUACAAAUAUAAUAGUGGCAAUGUACCUUUUAAGACUAAUAAUGAUCUCGAAAUAAACAACAAACGAAGAAGACUUCGAAACGAGAUUCCAGACGAGAUUUAUAACAGUCUUCCAACAUUAACAUGGAAGAAUAUCAACGAUAGAGUCAUUGGUGGUGCUCGACUUGUUGUCGCGGAAAACCUCGUAUUUGAUAUUCGCAAAUGGACAAACACGCAUCCUGGUGGCGUCAAAAUAUUACAACGAGUUAUUGGAACUGAUAUAUCUGAUGCUUUUUUCAACGAUAAAGAUCUGGAAAUUAAAACAGAUGAAUAUAAGGAUUAUGAAUCAAUUAAUAAGGUUGAUCUUUAUGAAGAAAAUGAUGAUCAGAAUAAAAAAGAGACAAAACGAAAAUCUUCAAUAAAACGAAAGCAAACAAUAGCCGACACAGUUGAUCGUAUAAAUGUUACCUUUGUAAAGGACGUGCGAAUUGUCAUGCAUAGUCAUUCCAAGUUUGCAACCGCAAAAUUGGCUUCAAUGGUCAUAGGGAAAUUGGAAAAAACUGAAUUUAAUGAAGUUAAAGGUGAUUCCAUUAAUAGGAAUAUUAUCUUAUCAUCUGCAAUGUUGUCUAGAGAAGCAGAAACCUUUAAAAGAUAUGUACUUGUUAAUAAAGAUGAAGUCACUGGAAUCCGUGCGAUGAAUCCUGUCAAAAAAUUUAUCUUUCAAGCCGUCGAUCCUAAUGACAGCAUACCAAAAAUCAAGCCUGGAGAUUACAUAGAAAUUAUGUGUCAUAUAGAAGGACAAGAUAAGCUAUUAGAUGGAUUUGAAAUAAAAGUACGUGGCCCAUUUGGAAUAGAUAGACGAAUAGAAGAAUUAAGUCCUAGACAAUCAGUUUCUAUACAACCAAUUUCAUUACUAAACACCGAUUCUGAUGAUGGUUGUUGGGAUACGUUGUUUAUGGUUUGUGGCGGAACUGGACUUUCACCAAUGUUGCAAUUGAUCGAUUAUCACUUUGAACACGAAGACAAAGAUUUUAAAUUAUACCUAUUUUUUGCUAAUGAGAAAAUAUAUGAUAUAAUUCUUAAGAGACAUCUAGACAAAUUGGAAAUAACUAGCAAUGGAAAAUUAAAAGUAACAUAUAUUUUAACAUAUCCGCCAAAAAAAUGGGAUGGAUUGACUGGUUAUAUAGACGGAAAUAUUCUUUUUGAUUGGAUCUCCAAAAACUAUACACCAAAGCCCAGUGAUUAUAUUAAUGUAACUGAUAAAACAUUUAUUACCGAAAGUCCAAGAGGAUCUAUUGAAAUUGAAAGAGCAAGCAUAGGGGAAACUUCAUCACAUGCAAAUGAUAAUACUGUUCAUUAUAGCAAGAUUGAAUAUAUGCGUGCUCUUAAGAAUGAUAAAUCGGGAUUUAAAUUUGUAUCAUGUGGGCCUUCGGCAAUGCUUGAUACUGUUAAAAAUGCCUUAGAAAAAUUGGAAUUUCCAAAUGACAAAUUUACCAUCAUUCAAUAA